AUGCCUGUGUCCUACGUCCCUUUCCCGUCUCAGUUCAGUUAUGCCCAGCCUUCGUCCCAAGACAUUCCGUUCGCCGUCCCGGUAGACACCACUCCAAUGUCUUCGGUGUCUUCUCAGGAAACACUCGACUAUUCGCGCCCACAAACGUGGCGUAACUUGCCACAAAGGCAGGAACGCGGAAAUAAGGCCAGCUACUCCGAAAGUCGCUCGUUCAGUAACGGUAACAUUGUAAAUCUGGAACUAGCAAUGCCAUCACCAGCCUACAGCGAUGCCGCGAUGGCUGCAAACGCAGCUGUAGCAGCAGAAGCUGGCUAUUCUAUAGAGGCAGCGAGUGCUGCGAGUACUACGUCUAGUGCCACCAGAAGCAGCGUUGACGCUGCUGUAGAUACGAUGUGGGAAGCACGUCGCACGAGGGAAAAAGCAGAGGAGGAAGCAGAUCAGAAGCUGAUUGAUGCAGUAUGCAAAGCCUCGCUUGCUGAAUAUCGCCAGCGCGAACGUGCACUCAAGCUUUACGAGUCAGAAGCUUCGCAGCGAUCACUUGAUCACGAGAUGUCGUCAGCUACACUGCAACAAGCCAUGAGCGAAGCUGAGCAGCGUAAGCGCGCAGCCAUGCAGACAGUGAUUGAUAGCAAGACGCGAGCUAAAGAGAUGAGUGAAAAGGCUCGCGAGGCUACAUCUCUUUAUCAGCAAAAAAAUUGUGAGCGUCUCAACAAACAGGCCGAGUUGGAAGCCAAGAUACUUCAUGACGAGCAGGAAGCUGAGCUUUUGGCUGUCCAGAAGCGCAAGGAGGAAGCAAUGCGGAGGCGGACGAUGGCAGAACAGAAGGCUCGUGAAGCUCUGGAGAAAGCUGAGGCCAUGCGUCGUGAAGCAUUCCAAGCUGCGUCCAAAGUUCGGGCAUACUCGCGCAAACAAAUCGAGAGCCAGCUUAGCGUGGAAGAAGCUCAGCGCCAGUGCGAGAUACAACGCAAAUUAGAUGAGAUCGAAAAAAUCAAAGACCUGGCUCACCAACGCAAGGAAGCGGCUGCAGAGAAAGCAAUGAAUGCUCAGCGCCGAGCUGAAGAGCUUCGUUUGAAGGCGGAGCAGGCACGAGUAGGACUUCAAAUGUUUGAACCGACACACUCAGCUUCAGAAGACACCACGAGCGGCUACAGACCAACUUUAAUUAAACUAGAGGUAAAGCGAAUUACGCAGCGUCCCUCGCAUACGAGUUUUGCGUAUCGAAACGCAUGUCGCGCACCUUGGCGAUCGCCUGAUAACGACAAAAGGUUUGCCCAUCGGGUUGCUAUACCUCUCAAUCGCAAUCGACUUGGUGGCGUGAAGACACUUCCAGAAUGCUCUGUCGAUGUCGUAAAGCGACUUCGCUGGCCGUGUUUGCACCCAUGGUACUCAAUGUACGGAUUGCGUGCGCCGCGAUGA